AUGAACUAUAGUGCUUCAAUCAAAACCGUAUCACAAAAGCCAAAUGUCAAAUACGAGGCAUCGGAUGACGCAUUGGCUCAGUUACUAAGCAAACUUAACAAAGGAACAGAAACCAUCAUGAACCUACGCGCAUUAAUCACGACCAAGUCAGCCGAGCUUAAUCAACUCAUUCAACAGCUACGGUUGAUCGACCAAGUGUUGACCCAUGUUGAGCACGAAACAGAACAGAUUGAGCAGGUACUAAGGGAUUUAACAAGCCGAGAUGAAUUGGUUUAUACAGAAGCUACGUUGGAUUCUGCACUUCAGUCCGCCUGUCGACUCUCUUCUUCUAUUACUACAUGUACCAAAAAGCCAAAUUCAAUCCAUCGGAAUAAUGAAUGGAUACUAAUGAACAAAGUCAAUACAAAACUAAAACAACUAGAUAUUGACCCAACUCACUAUUUCAACACGUUAGAUGAUACACAAGUGUUACAGAAGGCAUUGAUUGACCUUGAAAUUGCAAAGACGAUAUCGACUUGUAUAAAAAAUGACUAUAAGCGUAGAAGUGCAUUAAUGAAAAACAAACAUGCAGAAGAGAAUAUUACGCAGUUGGGUGAUAAAAUUAGGGAAGAAGUGAAGAUUUGGAAGCAGUAUAGCCAGAACGCGCCUUUGAUGAUUCAGGAUAAAGACAUUCUUGUUUUGCUUCAUAUUCAGGACCAGCAAGUCACAAAAAACAAGAGAAAGUCUAAUCAAGCUCUCUAUUCAAAACAUACUUCAUCCUCUAUGGCUAAACUACAUACGACAAGACCAAGCUCUGUUUUAAAAUUACGUAAACUAUUAGGAAAAAGAAGUUCACAAUGGCUAACAAUGACGAAAGUUGUGAGAACAUCCAACAUCUGGAGAUCUCCCGGACAAUGUUGCGAGAUACCGAAUAUUUUAGGCAAUACUUAUUUAGCGCCGUUUACAGUACAGACGGAUAAACCAAAGAAGCCAAAGGAAGGGCCAAAAAGGGUGAGGGAGUUGGCACAAGAAGAAUUAAAACCCCCUUGGAUACCUGCUGGCUACAAUUGGACACCUUCCCCUCUGCCACCAAUCAUUCGAUCAGACGAGACACUUUUUGAGAAGCGAUUAAGAAAGGCGUUACCCAAGCUAUCCAUUGCCGUAUCACCUAAAUCAAGAUAUAUAGGAUCUAAAGAAAUCGGUACAGGUGUGAAUGGAGCGGUCAUUCAAGUGCAUGUCAAAAAUAAUGCAGCACAGAAACUGGCCCUUAAAAAGUGUAAAUUAAGUCAUGAUAAAGAGUAUCGCACAGCCAUCAUUCGCGAAUUGCGCAUCAUGUCCACAGGUCAUAGUCAUAUUAUCAAAGUCAGAGAAGUUUCACUUUAUCAAAGUGAUAUCUGGAUUGCUAUGGACUUGAUGCGGUGUAGUGUGUUUGCUGUGCUUUGUGUGCGUGCCUUGCCUGAAGAAUAUGCUAUCCUGGUAGCAAAAGAGACUCUGAAAGCACUAGAGUUUUUACACUGCAAAGGAUUUAUUCAUCGUGAUAUAAAGUGUGAAAACUUGUUAAUCAGUCAAAAUGGAGAGAUUAAACUAGCUGAUUUUGGAUUAGCAACUACCAAAAAGCAUCUAAACAGAGAAAGAUUAGGCACUGCAAAAUGGAUGUCUCCCGAAGUGAUAAGAGAAGAGUUUUAUGAUGAAAAAGUCGAUUUAUGGUCUUUGGGCAUUACAAUAAUCGAAAUGAUGGAUCGCGUACCACCUCAUUACAAUAUUAAAAGCGAUGAAAAAGUAUUUCAAAAAAUAUUAAAGGAGCCUAGUCCUACAUUCUCGUUUUCCUAUCCCACUAUUUAUUGCACCGGUCUUGUUGCUUGGUUAUUAGAAGAAGACCCUAUUAAUAGGCCAUCAGCUACAGAAGUUAUCAGGGUUUUCUAA